UAGCGGGGGAUGCCAUGCCGGCGGCGAGGCAGCAGCAACAGCAGCAACAGCAGCCCGCGUGCGCAGCCUGCAAGCACCAGCGGCGGCGGUGCACGGCGGAGUGCCCGCUGGCGCGCUACUUCCCGCACGACCGCCCGGACCUCUUCCGCAGCGCGCACCGCCUCUUUGGCGUCAGCAACAUCCUCAAGACGCUCCGCCGCGCUGGCCCCGACCGCGCCCUCCGCGACGACGCCAUGCGCGGCCUCGCCUACGAGGCCGCCGCCUGGGACGCCAACCCGGCCGGCGGCUGCCUCCCCGCCAUCACCGCUCUCGAGAACCAGCUCCGCCAGGAGUACGGCAUCCUCCGCCGCCUCCACGCCCAGAUCCGCCACUGCCGCCGCCGACUACAGACUUCCCCUCCCCUCUCCCUGCCGCCGCCCACGGCAGAUGUAUCUCCGGCGCCGACCGAGGGUAGCAACAUGCACUACUUGGACGAGCACAACUCCGCACCAGCAUCGUCAGGAUUAUACGGUAAUGACAACGGUGACGACGGCGUCGUUGCUGCGUCGUCGUUACCGUGGACGAUGCAGCCGCAGUACUACGGGGGCGCCAUUGCUAACAUGGGUGGCGCCGUCUCGCAAGAAGAAAACAAGUAUCAGUUGUUGCUCGAUCACACUGCUACCGCUGGCGGCCAUCAGCACGAGUAUGACGAGAUCUCGCCCUUCUUGGAACUGGAAGGCAUCGACGCCGACGACCACCACGACCGCACGCCACAUGAUGAAUCCAACAGCGCCAACUCAUGGAAGAAGAUGGAGAUUAAACCAUCCACGAAGAUGGAGCAAAAUUAAUGAUGAGCUGGGAGUAGUAGUUUCGUUUUGAGUAUGCAAGAAUAGCUUAAUUAGAACAUGCCGUCUUUUAUUUGAUAAACUAGUCGUGCUGUGAGGCGUCGUGGUGGCGUCGCUGGCAGAUAGACCUGGCACGGUACAUGCAACAGUACAACUCUGAAGAUGGAUUGAUGGCAGAUGGCUGC